AUCCCAAGAGGCCAAGAUAUAUUCCCCCAAGCUCUUGCUCCAAACUUGGAAAACUGACUUCGGCUCUCGGCGAUAGAAACUAACUAGAAAGCUUUGUCGACUUUUCGCUGCUGCAAAAGAUACCGAUGGCGAACGUGAACAUGUCAAGUGGCAGGAAGGCCUUACUGUCCAAGUUAGCAACCAAUGACGGGCACGCCGAGAACUCGCCUUACUUUGAUGGGUGGAAGGCCUACGAGAGAAACCCGUUCGAUGCAUCCCGGAACCCUGAUGGGGUUAUCCAAAUGGGCCUCGCCGAAAAUCAGCUCUGUUUCGAUUUGAUUCAAGAAUGGCUCAUCAACAAUCCGCAAGCUUCUAUCUGCACUGCUGAAGGAGUGGACAUGUUCAAGGAUACGGCCAUCUUUCAGGACUACCACGGGCUGCCCGAGUUUAGAAAUGCUGUCGCGAAAUUUAUGGGGCAAGUGAGAAGAGGCGUAGGGAAGUUCAAUCCGGACCGCAUUGUCAUGAGUGGUGGAGCAACGGGAGCCCACGAGCUGAUCAGCUUCUGCUUGGCUGAUCGCGGGGAUGCGAUCUUGGUCCCUACUCCUUAUUAUCCAGGGUUUGAUCGAGACCUGUGCUGGCGAACUGGUGCGCAGCUUCUCCCAGUUGUAUGCGACAGCUCUAAUGGUUUUAAGGUCACAAGAGAGGCCCUGGAAGCUGCAUACAUCGAAGCUAAAGAAGCCAAUAUCAGAGUCAGAGCGCUGCUCAUAACGAACCCUUCAAACCCACUAGGAACUGUCCUCGACCGCAAGACAUUACGUGACAUUGUAAGCUUCAUCAAUGAGAAAAAUAUCCACUUGAUAUGUGAUGAGAUAUACUCCGCCACAGUCUUUGGCAGCCAGCCCAGUUUCAUCAGCAUCUCGGAAAUAAUCGAGGAAGACCAAGAAAUAUGCAAUCAUGAUCUGAUACACAUAAUUUAUAGCCUCUCCAAGGACUUGGGCUUCCCAGGGUUCCGGGUUGGGAUCGUGUAUUCCUACAACGACAAGGUGGUUGAAUGCGCCCGAAAGAUGUCAAGCUUCGGGUUGGUCUCAUCCCAAACCCAGCAUUUGAUAUCUUCUCUGCUGUCCGAUGAUGAGUUCGUAGAGAAGUUCCUUUCCGAAAGUGCGAAGAGAUUGGAAAAUAGGCACCAGACAUUUACCGAUGGUCUGGCCCAAGUCGGGAUCAGGUGUCUGCAGAGCAAUGCAGGCCUGUUUGUGUGGAUGGACUUGAGCCACCUCCUGAGGGAGAAGAGUUUCUUGGCCGAGACAGACCUUUGGCGCAUUAUAAUCAAUGAGGUUAAGCUGAAUGUUUCACCCGGUUCUUCGUUCCACUGCUCCGAGCCCGGGUGGUUCCGUGUCUGCAUUGCCAACAUGGAUGAACCGACGGUGGAGAUCGCACUGAAAAGGAUCCGGGCGUUUGUCGUCAAGGGCGAGAAUGCUGUGGUGGCACCCGCAAAGAAGAAACAGUGCUGGCAAAGCCAGAACACCAAGCUCAGGCUCAGUUUCUCAUUUCGUAAAAUGGACGAUUUGAUGAUGAUGUCUCCUCAUUCGCCUAUUCCACAGUCACCUCUUGUUCAAGCUCGGACCUGAGGAAGCCAGUGACCUCUUGAAAACUCCUUCAGAAUUAUCAAAUAUCUUUAGGCAAUUCCUUUAUCCAACAUCUUUUUUCUGCUUCAUCAUAAUGAUAGGCAGGUAUAGGAUUCAUUUUCUCCAGUUCGAGCCAGCAAGAGAUUUGCUAGCAGCGAAUCGGAAGAUUAAUAGAUUCGAACGAUUCCCUUCAUGUACAUUCAGAAAUGAGAAACAUGUAUGUCUCUAAUAUCUGAAUGAAGUUCUUUACUUUUAACCCAUGUAGAGUUCUUCGGCAGGAAUAACCUGCCAUACUAAAUCCGACCAUUUCGUGCCAUAUAUAUCAA